CUAAUAUUGGCUUAUCGUAUACUGAACGAUGACCUUGAUAUUAACAUGUCUUAUCUUUUGCUUCCGUCUAGAACCGAUCAUUUGAGAGGACAUUCGAAGAAAGUUCAAAAACCGAGAUCAAACCGUUUACGUCUGGAGUUCCGUUUCUCGCACCGAGUAGUGAAUUACUGGAAUUCCCUACCGGAACACGUAAUAUCAGCACCGUCUGUUAAUAUAUUCAAAACGAGAUUGGACCUUCACUGUAUUACAAACUGCAAGGAUUAAUACUAAAGACUGAAUAUUGGCGCCCAUUUCCCGCCUUGCGUGUCAUCACAAAGUGUUGAGGAAAUCGGUUUAUGUUCAGCAAACAAAAUAACCUUUCUUUUUAUGGAUAUAAAACGUCUUACUGGUGAAGAUAAGCUCAAACUCAGCCGUACUUACUUCUUUGCUGGAAUCGGAUUUCUUCCUUUCCUCUGGUGGAUUAACGUUUUUUGUUUUCUAAAGGAGUUGUCUGCCCCACAGGCAUAUCCAGAGUCUAAGCUGAUUAGGAAAUACGUCACUUUCAGUUUAAUUGGAGCAUUGUCUUGGACAGUUGCCUUUGCCGUUUGGAUUAUUACUUUCCUAAAUUUCCGUGUUAGUUGGGGUGAAUUGGGGGAUCGUUUGUCGUUUAACAUACCACCUGGCAGAUUAUAAUGAAGAUGUCAUCAAGGGAUAAAGAAUUCCUUCCCAGUGGGUCUGUUUGGGAGGUUACAGACUUGCUAGCUGAGGAUGCUGUCAUCUGCGAAACCCCUAAUAUUUACACUUCUUCAUCUGGAUCUCGGCAUAUCUUCAUAUCUACGAAGUCCGGAUUUAUGAGCCAGGUGCUUUUCAUAAGUCGUCACGUGGAUCGUUUAUUAUAUAAAUAUCAUAGUUCAUCUCAGUCCGAUCUCUCAAAACCACCUGAAUUUUGGAUUCACGGUAUAGGACCGCUUAGUAUUAUGAGGACAGCUGAGCUGGCUCUACACUUAAGUCAUCGAUUGUACCCUGGGCACCUCAAAAUAUCAACUUACACAAGCAGCUGUUCAACUAAGAAACAUAUUAUAUCUCAAGUAGAAAAUGAGAAAAUUUCAAUACGAGAGGAAUCGCGGACUAAAGUGACUUCUGUUAUCCAACAAAAUUUAACUUCCAAUGACCGAUGUCGGUUCAAGUUUAAUUUAUUGGAAUGAGAAAGAAAUCCUGCCAAGAGGGAUUUUUCUUUCUUCCUCUGGAUCUGGUGGGGAUCGUCUUCUGUUUUGGCAAUCGUUCCAUGCUAACGAUAACAAUAAAUACAAUCCUAAAAAAGGAUAUUGUACACCCAAUGAUGACUGCUCAUCAGCGGUUGACACUGUUAACAACCAGGAGUCUACGUUAUCAAAGUACUGUAAAUUAUGUCUGAAUACAAUUGUUGCUUUAUUCGUGUAUACUUUUCGGAUAUGCAGAAUUAGUAUGUCUUUAUUCAUUGAUUGGCUUUUAUGUUGGGUACCGUGAAUUGAAUAUUUAGCAGUUUCAGCACAGUAUCGAAUUAUUCCGUUUAUAAGAACUAUUCAUUUUAUUUGAAAAUAGUUCCGCUCAAUAAAUUGUGAUUUGUUUAUUAAGUGCUGAACACUAAGAAUCUAUCGAUUAAUUGUUCCAGUUUAACUGUACUUUGUGAUCAUUCCCAGUGUUUCUAAAAAUUAGUUUCGCUUCAUGAUGACAACUAUCUUUACGCAUGCUUUUCUCUUGAGGAUUGUUAACAUUAGGAUCGAAUUUUCAGUUACAAGCGAGAAAGUAUUCCUAUUAUAAUUAGGUUAGAAAUAGUUUCCUACUUAAUGUCAUAAGAUGGACCCCUGGUCUAAACGUUAGACGACUCAUAGGGUAUUUGGCAGUUUGGUCCGGAUUUGAUGAUUCGUAUAAAUAGUGAAUUGGGCAGCCUAUGCUCCUCUACGAGGGGUAACAGGCGUAAGUAAGUAAGUAAUAAAUAGUGAAUUAAAGUAUAUUGUAAUGUAUUAGGUCCUUUUAAGUUAUUUCUUUGUUUAGUAGUAACAAAACGAGACUUCUUUUGUGUUAACCCAAACUGAAGUUCACCUUUCUAAUCUAUUCCUUUUUAUAAGUCAUAGAUGUUAUUUUUUGUUAGUAACAAAUAAUUUUACAGCUGAUCCAUGUGUUUUGUGAUAGAUAGUUUCUUUUUUGUUGUUGUGCAUUUAUUCGACACUUAGUUUGUAUAUUUGCGGUAUUUCCUCUGUAUUCGGUGUCAACUAUUCCCAAUCGUUUUAUAACCAGUUUUUUAUGACUUUAAUUUCGGCUUUCAUGUUUAUCUGUUGUGCGUACAUAACUGGCCACCUGCUUUGUUUUUGAACUCUGAGUUCCAUUUCGAUUAUGUAAACGCAUUCAAAUGUAACUUGUAAGUAGUCGGGUGUUUUUGGGAGAUAAACCAUGUGUUUAGCGUUUGGAAAAUUUUCACUUUUAGUACUAAUUAAAUUUAUAAAACAUUGAUUGCUUCCAUAUACUAAAUGUUUAACUCUGAGAGUAGUUUUUGUUAUAACGUAGAGCUGUUCACUUUUCUCUUUCAAACUAACAUCUUUCUCUUCUUUGCUGACUAUCUUUGAACUUUGUUAACUUCUUCCUUCUGUGGUGUUAUGAAAUGAGAGCUUUAACUGAUUUGUUUUCUGUGAAAUUCUAUCCUUUCGGUUAAUGAGCAAACUCUAAAGUGUAGAAUGUAAUGUCAUCUCUGAAAUCCAUAUUUAAUAUCGAGUGUCAAUGUUUAAAAAUUUUUGUACGCAGCAGAAAACUACACUUUGCUUCCAUUAUUGUCGAUCAGUUAGUUCAUCAGUCCCUAUCUUUUCCGUUUAGUCGGACAGCGCUCAAGUAACUGUCGAUUGGAAUCCAGCCAAGAAGAGCUUAUUUCUCUUUCGAACUUAAUGCUGUACCUACACCAGAGGAUCCACGGGAAUUAGCAGUGGGGUACACAGAUGCAAGAAGAUUAAAUCGCUCUGGUUUUUUAUGUUGACAACGUGAGGUCAGAUUAAUGACCGUACUUGGAUCUUGUAUGUGCUUUACGGAGACGCAUCAUAUAUCGACGACGCGAGAUUCUUCAGUUCUUGCUAAGAAAGCCCGUUGUCGUAUUUGACACAAUGUUCAAACAUCAAAAGCUCCAACAUGCAGUUUAGAACGUGGUUUCAGGAGACGAGGAAUAACAUUUCGUGAACUUGAAUCAUUAUCACUGAUGGCGUUUGGUGUUAAGGAUAUAUAUGGGUUAGUCGUGUAGAUGGAAGAAUUAUUAUGAAGUGAGGGAGGGAUUUUAUCGUCAACAGGAUGAUUUCAGUUGAUGGUAGAGGUAUAAGGGUGGUUGUCGCUUCUCGGUUACCAACACUGUGGAAGGAUAUUUCUUUAGUGAUCUUAAAAAGGGGUGGAAUUAGCGGUGGCCUUAACGACCUUGAGAAUGAGCGCAAAGCCCAAGAAACAACCGCUCAAGGCUGGUCGCACACGGCUCUUAUGGAGUUUUUGGUGCGUUAGCUCCUCAUUUCACAAGGUGUUACCGCUGAAGACGGAAACCCAUAGGAUCAGGUGUGACAUUUUUGGGCUCGACCUUUUCUAAUCCCUUCUUUCCUUUGGGAGAAAAUGGCAUUGCUUCAGAUACUGGUCGUUUGAAAGAAACACCUUCUGCACACCCCUCUACAGUGAGCAGUACGACUUCUUCCUCAAUCCUUAAGUUACCACCUUUAGUCUUACCGUUCUCCAGCCGACUCUCCUGGUAUGAUAGGAUUUACAGGAACAUGUGUUCCAGUCAAUAUAGCUCGAUUGAGCAUGUCUGACGUCCACUUCGAGGUAGCAGCUAUGGUUUGGCUCCUAAUAAUGAUUGUUUGAGAAAUUAAUAAGAAUUUUAAAUUCGUUGGGAGUACUGAAAAAGCGUUUUCAAAAGAAUACAUCGGGUAGUGCAAUCGACUACUUAUAAGUCUUUGAAUUUAUUGCAUUUGCAUAGUGCUUAAGUAAAUGAUACCUUUAAACACCCGAAACCUUGAUUUAUGCGUAGAUUUCGAAACUACGAUUGAAUGGCAGAAAGUGUAGUGUCUAAGACAUUAAACUGUCAUGUCACACAUAACUAAUAAUAAUAAUAAUUGUUUGCCAAAGUGAUUUUCAAAUGAUACAUCUACCAUUUCUCUACAUCAUGGACUUCUUAUUUUUUUCGUUUACCUUUAGAUUGAGAACAGUUUACUUAGUUUGUUAGUUCGUUGCAUAUUUCCCUGAAGUUCACGUCUAAUUUCUGACGGUAAAUUUAAUUUUAUGAAAGGUAAUAUUUACCAGUUUGCUUAUUUAUUGGUGUAAGCAUAACAAUGAUUUGAAAAAUGAAUCGAGGCAAGAAGAAAAUAGAUUGUAUAAAUAUACUUUAUUGAUAGGUCCGUUCUUAGUUUGAGUAGUCCGUGAUUCAUCUAAAAAUAGAUUUUUUUGUACCUUAGAACUACACUUGACAUAAUGGAAACUCUUGCACGUAAUAAAACUUCCUGAUUUGUUCGUCCUAAUUACCAUUCAUGUGUGUAUUUUUAAUAAUCUUUCUUAUUUCAUUUGUUUAACUGACGACAGUCGUCUAAUCUCCAUUUAUAGUCAUAUAGAAAUUACUGUAUUUCACUAAUUUUCUAUGACCGUAAAUAUUCUGUUUUUUUUUGCUGUCAUGAAAUUGUUUCUCUACGAUGGAUAUUUCUUCAGGGGUCCUACAUCUGUUGGUAGUUCAACCAUAGAGGCAAUCACUCCUAGUCCUAGAUUAAAAAAUACGGGCCAUAUUCGAGGUCAUAAAAAUAGUGAAAACCCAUUCGCACUCAGUUUAAUCUCUGAACGCACCAUGUUUUUCAAUGAAAGUAGUUUCGGGAAUGGUCCUAUCACUGCUGGGCUGAAUCAGAAUUUUAUGGGCUCAGCAGAUCGUACGUUAAAUAAUUGUCCAACGAUUUGUUCAAAUAUCAACUCUAGUUUGUGUACUACGAGUUCAUUAUCUCCGAGUAAUCCAGUUGGGGGUGUAACUACAAAUUUGUCCAAUCCUAAUAUAGUUCUUGGAAGUCUGUAUUCUACUGAUCCAUCAUUGCAGGUUCCUUCUACUGAAUCCCCUUUAAUUGGAAAUUUAGGGAUUUCAAAUAUAGAAGGUAUUCCAGCCAAUGUAUUACUUAGUCUUUUACAUCAACAAACUCAAGCUCUUCAACGUAAAAUCUACAUCAAGACCACAAUAUAUUUAUUGGAGCUGCAUUUAAUUUAUCCCCGUCUGAUAUUGAAACCAUUGGACUUAUUGAAGAUACUGAAGAUUGUAAUACCAAAAGUUGUGAUAACGAGUUAUCACGGACAACUAUGAUUAGUUUCACUGUUGGUUUUUUGAUGGAUUCGUCUGCACCUCCAUCUGUAUUGUCUUAUCUUACUGAAUUAUCCAGAUUGAUCGGUUCUCAAGUAAGACGUGCAGAAUUAGUGUUUAAUUACCUUAGAGAUCAAAGAGAUAUUAUUGUUUCUACUCUAGAGAAAUAUUCUUAUGCUGAUACUAAUUCAUGGUCCGGUAACUUAACAACAGACUACAACACAAAUAAAUAUGGACCAGAUAACUUAAACUUUUCCAAGUCAUCUCAAUUCUUUUCAAAUAAACGUUAUAUCAAAAUCGCAGAAAGUUCUAAUUCUGAUAGAGAUACUAAUUUUGUUAAUUCUGUCAUGGAUCAAGAAUGCAAUGAAUCUAAGCUACCAAAUGCGUUAAAUGCAAAUCAAUCAAUCAAUGAAAAUAUAUCUGCAAAUAACUCUUAUAAUAAUUCUGAUGAUUUUCAUGAUAAGAUAAAUGACGUAACUACAAUGAAUCCACUUGAAAAAUUAGUUCAAAUAUCAUCUUUAUGCGCUGAACUAAAAAGCAUACUUGAUUCAGUUUGUAAAACAGGCCAUGUGAACGUUAAAAUUAACGAGAUUUAUCCAGUCUGUUUUUGUCUACCACACAAAGCUUAUUGUUUAAACAAUAAUGAUGGAAUUUCUAAGUGUAUAGUCGCUGUUCGACCAAUGGCUAUUUGGAAUGCAAUGGAUAAAAUACGCCCAUAUCAUGCUUUAAUGUUACUACUGCGUAAAAGUGAUUUACUCAGAGAUUAUCUCCCAACUGACAUUAAUCCAACACUGAAAGACUUCAUAAAUGCUUUGUCACCAACAAUUAGCUUGUAUAAUUUGGCACAACGGUUUCAUUCUCAGUCACAUUGUUUGAAUUUAGCCUUGUGGUUAAUUUAUCGUGGUCAUGCAUUGAUUGUUUAUCCAAUUGUCGCUAAUAAUAUGUAUAUUCUUGCACCUCAUUCUAAAGCAUGGUUCACACCUCAAUUAAUUGGUCAAUUUGCAACAUCGUUUCCUGAUGUUAACUUUGCUGAGCUUUUAACAUCGUUUUCAACAAGUUUUAUACUUAAAGAUCAUUUCGAUUCAUCCAGUUCUAUCGUUGACAACCUUCAUUAUGAUGGGGAUUCGGAUGUUCGUAAUCGAUCUUCAAAGACAUCAUGGACAAACUUACCGUUAACGGAGAAAAUAAAUUUGAUUGCUUGGCUACUUCGACGUCGGCUCAUAAUACAAAUUCAUCUCUACAUAUUCCCGACAUUUUUAUCCAAUAACAAUGUAAGUGAAACGAAUAUGUUCAACGAUAUUAAGAAUAUUUCAAAACAUUUUGAGGGUGUACAUGUGUCUAAUAAUAGUGUUAACAGUACAAUACACAGUAGCAGUAAUAGUAGCAGUGAAUACGACAGUGAUGAAACCACAUCAGAAAUAAAAGGCAGUAACAAUUUAGGAGUCGAUUCCACUAUUUUUAAUCUUCAUGAAUUAUGUAAAAAAAUACCAAAAGAUGUCUUAUGUGAAUUAACCAAUAAUUUACCUGUUGAAUCUCAACAAACAUUACUUCUAUCUAUUUUGAGCCAUCCUGGAGCAAUACAAAAUAUCUCACUUCUUCGAUUAUUUGGACGAAUUUUACCUCAUCUUCCAGCUCACUUAGAAGAAAUUAUGUUCAAAGAACAAAUAAAACGAUCUACUCUAGUUGAAUGCAUUGAAAGAUUUGCCCCAUUCUUGGCCACAGCCAGACUUCCAGAUCCUGUCACAUCUUGUUUUGCUGGAAUACCAUGGCCGAACUAGUAUUACUCGUUUAUUUAUAUGCAGUCUGUGUAAAAACAAAAUUUGGAACGCAUCACAUUAAAAUCUGAACUCAAAGUUUGCUUAUUCGCCUUAAUUCCAUGGUUUGUUGUCAAACAUUUACAGCUAAGUUCUAUGCAACAAUUUUAUUUGACCUCAUCGUACAAUUUUGUAUCAAGUGUUUUCCUACGUUAUAAUCCCCGCUUGACGCAACAAUAAAGACAAAUCUCACAAUCAAACUAUCUUAUCUGAAAUUCAUUAAUUUCGGUUUACUAAAGUAUACUCGAAGAACAUUAUUGUUCUUGUAAAAGUUAUAUCCUUACACAUCUUGUAAUGAAUAUUAGUUUAUUGUUUACUUGUGAUAUCUACUUUAGAAACAUAUAUAUACAGUUUUCAAGUGUUUGGAUGCACAUCCACCUUUUUUAUAUUAUCAAAGAAUACUUUUAAUAUUUGUUUUGUUAAAUCGUUUUCUAUGUUUAUACUUCGUAUUCAUAAAUUUAUUUAAUUAGAAAACGUUUGUUCAUUGGAAUUUAUGAAAACAGAAUCAUUUUAUGAAUGAAAGAAAUUGCUUUGUAAAGAAAAUACCUGGUCUGAUUGAUUUUCUUCAUAGUUCAUUAAUAUUGGUUUAAAUCUUUAAAAUGAAAGAUUAUACUUCGUUUUUGGUGCUCUCAGUAGAUUCUAUACAAGUAGUUGUCAAGUAAUAAGUCUUAAUGGUGAUGGUUUUUUCCGGAGCUUUAUUUUCUUAAUUACUUCAGUGUGUGAAAAAGUUCAUGCUACUAAUUUGUUUGCUAAUUAAAAAAAUUCUGUGUUCGUAAAUGUCAUUUUACGAAGAGAAUAAUUACAAUCGAAGAAUUAUUAAGUAUACCUGGGCGUAUUUAAUGUAUUCCAUCUUUGGCUACGAUAUUUGCACUUAAUGUAACUGACUUCAUGCCACAGUUCGUGCAUCGACGUUGCUACUAACACUUGAUUGUCAAGGAAAAUAUAGUAAAAGUGCGAAGCACGAGUAUUAAAUGAACUCCAUCCUGAUUACAACUCGGAUGAUUUCAUAUCAACUGCUGUUCAUCCUUAUCGCAAAGUCACUUCCAAUGUUUACUCUAACCAAUGUGAGAAAUAUGUUUUAAAUGAAUCCACAUUAUUCAUAACUUG